UUCCAUUCAAUUGCUUAAGUAAACGCAGAUGCGUAGAUCUACUACCCUGCGUAGAUCUUAAUAAUCUAGUCUAGUGAGAUUAUUUGAAGUUUCGGCGUAAUGUGUGGUUGUACAAAAUUUUCUUACAUAACGCGAAAUAAAAAUUGUGAAAACGAAAAUAUAUCAUGAGGGAAAAAAGGAAACAGUGACUAUUUUAUACGACAUAUUUUUUAUCAUGUUAUUUAUUUUUUGUCCAAUCAGGAUCUUUCGUAACACAUGUCUGUCAUCAUUAAGACUGUCUACCACCACGGCUACGCCAAGUGUCAAGAAGUUACCCUGCACACAGAAACAUCGUUUGUUAAAUACAAAAAAUGUCAAAAAUCAGAAAAUUUCACCAAACUUUGUCAAGUCUGCUGACCAUCAAAAGACCACCCAGUAUAUAGAUAUAACAAACAAUGAAAAACAAAGAAACUUGUACAUAAAGGAUGAACAAGAGUGGCAGUGUAUAAAACUAGAUUCCAGUAAACUUCGAAAACAUUGUUUCAUGCUGUCCAAGAUAAGAUUGACAUCUUUGGUAAUUGUAACAACCAUGGCUGGAUAUGCUUUGGCCCCAGGACCUUUUGAUCCUUUUACGUUCGUGGCAUGCUCUGUGGGCACUGGAUUGUUAUCAGCCACGGCAAAUACUGUCAAUCAAUUUUUCGAGGUUCCCUUUGAUGCGCAAAUGUCAAGAACAAAAAAUAGAGUGUUGGUGAGAGGUCAUUUAACACCUGGCCAUGCGGCAAUAUUUGCGGCAGUGUCCGGCUUGAGUGGAUUAUUGUUGUUGUGUAGUCAAGUCAAUGGAUUAACAGCUCUUUUGGGAGCAACUAAUUUGGUCUUGUACACUCUCAUUUAUACUCCUAUGAAACGUAUUAGUAUUCUAAAUACUUGGGUGGGUUCCAUAGUUGGAGCUAUACCACCAUUAAUGGGUUGGGCAUCUUGCGUCGGCGACGUAAUAUCUCCAGGUGCUUGGAUAAUGUCUGGCUUACUGUAUGCAUGGCAGUUUCCUCAUUUCAAUGCUUUGUCGUGGAAUUUAAGGCCGGAUUAUUCGCGUGCUGGUUACAGAAUGAUGGCAGUCACCAAUCCAAAGCUUUGCCGCAAAACGGCAUUGCGUUAUACUGCUGCAUUGAUGGGUCUUUGUUACCUCGCACCUGUUUUUGACGUAACAAACUGGUGGUUUGCCUUGUCAACAACACCACUUAACGCAUAUUUUCUUUACCUCGCUUGGGAAUUUCACAAACACUCGGAUAGCAAAAGUUCACGUAAACUGUUUCGUUUUUCGCUGAUUCAUCUGCCUGCCCUCAUAAUUCUUAUGCUCAUAAGUAAGAAACAGUGGCAUAGCAACGAUAACAAACAGAAGGAAACCAUACUUUUCGAAGAAAAAAGAAGCAAUAUUUACCCAGUGUUAAUGAAAACGAUUAGUAACUAAUAAAAUGCACGGAAAUUUGAACUGACGAGAAUCGUUGUGAACUGUAAGUUGUAUACAAGGACAAAGCAAUUCGUAGUAUAAUUUGUGAAUAGCGAGUUAUUAUAACAAUGAUUAUGUACAAAAGCUAAUACAAUAGUCGUAAAAUAU